CAAGCCCCUAAGCAACACCCCAUAACCAAAACAAACAAACAGAAAUCUCAUGACCCAGCAACUACACAAGGACUACCAAAUCUGUGAGGAGAUCGGCAGGGGACGCUACGGCACUGUUUUCCGGUGCGUUUCCCCUGCCUCUGGUGACUCAUUCGCUGUCAAAUCCAUCGACAAGCGACUUAUCUCUGGCGACUCCCUUGAGUCACAGUGUCUUCUAACAGAACCCAAGAUCCUGCAACUCCUCACGCCUCACCCUCAAAUCACACAGCUAAUAGACUGCUACGAGGACGAUACGUACCUUCACAUGGUCUUGGAGCUUUGUCCCAACCUAGACCUCCACCAGAUCAUCGUCGAUCACGGUUCUCUGCCGGAAUGUAAGGCUAGAAAGAUUAUUACACAGCUUAUGCAAGCAAUCGCUCACUGCCAUAAGUUCAACAUCAUCCACCGCGAUAUUAAGCCCGACAACGUCCUCUUCGAUUCGCGAAACCGCGUGAAAUUGGCGGAUUUUGGUUCUGCGGAAGUGGUAGGGGAAGGUGAAUUGGCGAGAGGAGUGGUGGGGACGCCGUAUUACGUGGCGCCGGAGGUGUUGUCCGGGAGAGAUUACGGGGAAAAAGUAGAUGUGUGGAGCGCGGGUGUCGUUUUGUAUGUAAUGUUGGCGGGGUUUCCGCCGUUUUACGGGGACGAUGCUGUGGGGAUAUUUGAGGCGGUUUUGAGGGCUAAUUUGAGAUUUCCGACUAGGGCUUUUCAAUCGGUGUCCCCUUCCGUGAAGGAUUUGUUGAGGAGAAUGUUGUGCAAGGACGUGUCCCGGAGAUUCUCUGCAGAGCAAGUUCUAAGGCAUCCAUGGAUGACAAGUGGUGGAGACUGAUCCUGGAAAAGACUAUAUAUACAUAUAUAGUUGCAGUGAUGAACAUUUUGAUGCAGCAGCUUGAAUGUUAGGGUCUUUGUAGAUUCUAAUAAAUUAGAACAAAAGAAGGUGCUUUUGUAAAGUGUGUGUAUAGAGGAGGACACCUUCUGUAGAGAGUAUCCUACGUUUUUUUAAUUGCGAGGAUGGGUUUGUAUAGGAAAGCCGCUAGUAUUGCAGUUUCUGGGGAA